AUGGCAGCCGCAUACGAAUCGCCCGUCAGCCAGACUUCGCCACCAAAAGCAAUUCCCAGCUACGAAGAACCUCAAACAAUACACCAUGGCGACACUAUAGCUCAGAAAGCCCACAAGCUUAUCCUAGAUUUAUCGCACCAGAUCAUGCUCUUCUACAGCGACGAUCCUUUGGCACUCAAGGAUAUCUCGCACCUUCUUGCGCCGGAUUACUCUGUUCUGCUGGACUGCACCCAAACAGACUACGACAUGCAGAGCUACCGCGAGUAUUGUCGCUAUCUGGAACGUAUCAGUCCCAAGCUGGACAUUCACGUCAUAAAUGCAACGGCCCAGAUUGUCAAUUACAGCUGCGGCGUGGUGUAUAUCCCUUUCAUGAUGAACGGGCUCCCAGGGAACCUGAGCAGGAAGGUGACGCAUGUGCUCAAAUGGCGUAAGCGAGACGGACAGUGGAUGUGUUAUGGACAUCUUGGUUUUCAAGGGAUGAAUUUGCCGGCUGGGGUGAGUGAACAGGACGAGGAGAAGGAGAUCGAGAAAGGAAUUGAGGAAAGGAAGAAAGACUGGUGGCAUUUCCCCCAGACGAGCUUCGAAGAUUCCAAGAAGUUCUUCUUGUCGACCAUGGAGAUUCCUCCUGAACGGCCGCCCAUGUCCAAAGCAGAGAUUGAUGAUAUAUUGAUGAAAAGAUUUACUUGA